GCCUCAGUCCUCUUCCUGCUUGACGUGGUCUCCUUUCCCUUCAGAACGCUUGCGCGUGAGGCAACACCCAAAGUAGACAUUAUCGCGGCUGGUUGCCAAUACCUUACCUGAAGGUGCAUUAUGUCGGAUAGCGAAGAAGAAUGGAUUACAGUGCGUCGCAGGAGGGGCAACCGGGGCGCAAUGUCGAAACAACUGAAGGCACUAGCAAUCCCUGUGGUGCCGCUGGCUUUCGAUGCGCUAGCAGAACCUGAGGAGAAGCCCAGCAACGAGCAAGCGAAGCCAAAGAAGAAGAAAAAGAAAGCCAAAAAGGUUGGCGACGGCAGCGAUGAGGGCGAGGAAGAGCAAGCGCCCGCUGCCGCCGCAAGCAACAAAGCGACCAGCAAGCCGAGCGCAGUCGCCUCCAAAUCCUCCUCAGCCGCAGCGGCUGUCACCAGACAACAAUCCCUUUUCGGCUGGCUGCUAAGUCGCUUGGUUGCCGUACUCGUUUUCUUGGGCCUCAUGAGGGCUGCAGGCGGCAAGAGGAAGCGAAAGACGCAGAAAGCCGCUCAAAAGGCCGCUGCCGCCACGUCACCACCUGCCGUACAGCAAGUAGCAGCAGGUACGGCAGCAGCAGCAGCAGCCAAGCCUUCGGCGGUGCCAGCGGCCGAGUCCAAGCCCAAGGGAGCAGCUGCAGCUGCUGCUGCUCCUUCCUCCACAUCGCAACCUGCCAGCAGCACAGCAGCUAAAGCGGUGCCGUCAGCGCCCAGCAGCAAGAAGGAAGCAGCUGCCGCUGCUGCAGCCGCGACCGCCGCUGCUUCCAACAGCAAGCCAACUGCAGCGGCGGCUGCGGCGCCGCCAGCCAAGCCCAAGCCCCCGGCUGCACCCACCGCAGUAACCCCAGUCUCUCCCACCCCCACUCCGGCACCUCCUGCCGCCGCCGCCAAGCCAACCACCACCUUCCCCACCUCCCCCACCAACCUGGCAGCGGCCCCCAAGCCCCCUUCUUCCGAGCCCGUCGCGCCCGCCGCCGCCUCAGCCCCGGCACCUGCGGUAGCCCCCUCACGCCCAGCAGCAGCAGCUGCUCCCCCGCCACCGCCUCCCCCGCCAGCUCCUCCCUCCGUGCGUUGCGACGCGGACUGGGGUCGCGGCAAGCUGGUGCUGCGGUGGCUGCCGGGCGCGCAUGCUGACGUGGUGUCGGCGGUGGCGCUGGCGGGUGACGUGGCGGUGUCGGCGGGGUACGACGGAGCGGUCAAGCUCUGGCACUGGGGCACCUCCUCCUCCUCCUCCUCCUCCUCCCCCUCCUGCGUGCCCCGCCUGGCCCCCGUGCGCAGCCUGGCGGGUCACAGCGGGCGGGUGGAGGCGCUGGCGGCGCAUGCGGGCUGGCGGCGGCUGAUCAGCAGCGGCAGGGACUCCAGCCUCAAGGUGUGGGACCUAGGCUCGGAGCCGGGCGGUGCGGCCGCGGGCGAGCUGGGUAGCACCUACGUGUACGAGAGCGUGCGGAGCCUUGCAGCGGACUGGCGGGAGCAGGGUGGCAGGGUG